AUGUAUGUGUAUGUAUGUAUGUAUGUAGAAGCUGCAGGAUGCCACACCCCGAGGUUUUCCAGAGACACCGUGCAGGGCCGCCUUGCCUGGCGCAAGGGCUGCGCGCAGACCGCCCUCGCGCGAGAGAGUUUCGCACGCGUGGCCGAGCCACGCAGGCAGUCUUCCUCUGCUGCGCGCAAGGGACGAGAACAGUCUCCAUUCUCGACGACCUCCGCGACGACCUCGGCGCGCGCGCGCACGUCCGAGGAGCACCGGGUGUCCGCAGUCUUUUUAGCUCCGCCCGAGCUGGGCAGCAGCGGGCCGGCAGGGCUGUGA